GUCGUCGUCACCUCAGUUCGGCAGUGCUCGGCGCCGCUCGGUUCUCUCUCUCUCUCUCUCUCUCUUUCUCUCGCGGACUCCUCGGCCAGGGUGGCGGGGCAGGCGGGCUCGGUUACCGAGCGGGUGAGCGAGGCUAGGACAACGAUCAGAGGAAAGAUGGCUGCCGCGGCGAACGUUGCGCCGGAGAACCAGUACUUUUAUGAGGAUGUCGUGUACCGUGUGGACAAGCGAGGCAACGUAGUUUUCGGCAUCGUAAUGGAGAACGACGACCACGACAUGUCCGAGGAAAGUACCGACAGCGAGGAGAGUAUGCCGAAGCGGAAAAAGGGCGAGAUCCGCACGAUCUGGCACCCGUCCGGCAUCGAGGAGUUGGUCAACUGCAAGAAGAUUCACCUGGCGGACAGAACGCUCAUGCCCGGAGACGUGGUGCGCAGGAUGAUCAAGGGAAAGGACACGCAACGGGGUUACUGCAGGGACAUCGAGCUGACUGCGUGUGUACAAGUAAUCGGUACCAAGCAGGUUCUCACGGACAUUAAAAGUGAAGAUCUGAUCCCUCUGCAAGAAUUUGCGACAGAUAUGGCAGUAUGUAUGGACUCCUGGGUUGGUGGCAUCAGAAUGACGCACUGCAAAUUAUGGUUGGUAACGCCGGACGGUUCUCACUGUGUCGUGAACGAGAUGAACUCCUACGUGUUGGGACAAUUGGAAGAGACGCGAGACAAUGACAACGAUUUCCCGCACUCCACUGAGUUUUACCCGGGGCAGAGUCUUUGGGGCCCGGUUCACUGUCUGGAAGAGGCUCAGUGGAUCCAUUGUACAAAGGAGAUGAAGGCGAAGAGGAAAUUGAAGCCACAGAAGAUCACGAAAGUGAUCGUGGAGAAAGUGGAGACCGACUGGGUAGGCGUGCACUGGCAGUGCCGAGCGUACUCGAAAGACGGCGCCUGGUCCGACCAAGCUCAACCGAAAUUCGUGGUCGAGGGCGAGGACUUGAAGAAGUUGAAGCUGCUGAACGUGUUCGAGCCGUCCACAGUACAGGUCGGGGAUCGUAACUUCUACGUGAUCAAGGGUGACGAGAACGUCAUUACCCGGGAGCAGUGGCGGAAGCAGCAGAGGGAUAUCUUCCAGGUUCCUAAGCAGAGCCCGAAAAAGACGCGGCCGAUCAUCACGGUGACGAAGCUGCUGGACGAUAAGAAGAAGGAGCAGAGGAAGGAGAAGACGCCCGAGCCGCAGCCGGCGGACGAGAAUGCUCAAAGUAACACGCAAGACACCACGAGCAACAACUCUCUGUUGCUGCCGCCCCAAGCUCAACACGCCGAGAGCUCCGACGAGUGGGACACCGAGGACACCACCGGCUCGCAAAGUGAUACCGCCUCGGUCUCCAGUGGCUGUUCCAGCAUGUCAUCAAUGGGAAAGAAAAAGAAGGGCCCUGCAUUGAUGACAAAAGUGCUUAAGAAAAAGAAGUUGCGAAAAGCGAAGAAGAAAGUGCCGCCGGUGCCGUUAAUCCCCGGGACUAAGAUAGUCGUCGAGACGUUGUCCACUAAUACGAAAGCCAACGUGGUAUGGCAAGACGGCUCAGUAGAAUUUGGCAUACCAUCAACACAAUUGUAUCCGAUCCAUCACCUGGACGAUAAAGAAUUUUUCCCAGGUGAUUUCGUCGUGGAUCAAAAGGAGGAAUCCAGGAUGUACGGUGUUGUACAAAGUGUCGACCAUCAAGGCCGUACAGCCAAAAUAAAGUGGUUCAGGACUUAUACCUCUAGUCAAAAUCCAGAGCCGACUUUUCUGGAGGAGCGCGAAGUGAGUGUCUACGAUUUAAAGGAUCAUCCGGACUUCCAAUACAGACCCGGCACUCUCGUGAUCCGGAUAGCGAAUUUCGAGGGUGAGGACGCCGGAUGUACCGCCGGCCAAGUGCUGGACAAUUAUCCCGAGGGCCGGGUGAAAGUAUGGUGGGUCGACGGACACGUUAGUAUGUGUUGGCCGCAGGAUUUAUACAAAGUGAGCGAGUACGACAGCGACGAGGGAGAACUGUGGGACGACGUGUCGUCCGACUCGUCGUGGGAGACAGAAUUAGAAGACUGCUUUAUCGCCGACAACGACGGCACCGAGCAAACGGAACUGGAGAACAUCAAGCCGAAGCUGGCGGCGCACAUCGAGAAGGCACGCAUCGCUAUGUCAAGAUUAGAGGAGAUCUUCACGCAGAACCCGCUGUUGCAGACUACCGAGGUCAUGAGGAAGUUACUCGAGGUCUACAAGGAUUGCCGUUACAUGGACAAGCUCAUGGGGACCUCGUUCUUUCACGAGUGCCACUUCCAAGGCCUGCUCGAGCGGGUGAGGGAACGUGGCAGGGCGAACGUCGCGCAACGUAUGGCGGAUCAAGUGACGCGGCUCUUCACACCCAAGUCUGAGUGUCCGGAGGAGUCCAGUCUGAAGGUAUCCGACGAUCAGUGCGCGAACAGCGCGUCGGACAAGCAGGACCCCGCGAUUAUGGACACGUCGGAGAGCGAGAACCUGGUGACACCGGUGGGUGUCGACAACCUCGUGAAAAGGCAGAGUAACGAGGAGUCGGUCAACCGACUGUUCAUACGCGCCACUCCCAAUCCCGAGGACUCCGGCUUAUACUCCGCGGAGAACUCGAAGAAGGAGUCGGGCUCGAGCGAGUCCAGCGGCGAGUUCCUCAUGAGCGAGGACGUGAACAACCUGCCGGAGUGCUCGUCCGCGACGGACGUGGCGGCACCGUCCGAGAAAGACGCGACGAGCCGGGUGAGGAGGAGCCCGCCGACGAAUCUGGCGAGUUCGCAGGUCGGCGCGUCGCACGUUUGCGUGAAGUUAUGUAACCUCAUCAAGGCACAGCUCGUGUUGGCGCACGCCGAGGUGUCCAGGCGUUUUGGUCUGGGUAAGAUGUCGUUGUCGGACGCGGAGAAGAGUUCCGGCUCUCCGCGGAAGAAGCAGAAGGGCGAGCAGGAGGAAGAGCGAAGCGUCAACGAGGUGAUCGCCGAGCCAUCCGACAGCUCCGUCGAGAUCCCGGAACCGGUCUACGACGAGGGGGAGGGCUUCUCCAUCGACGAGGCCGCGCCCGACAGUCACAAGUUCAAACUGACCAUGUUCCAGCCCACCGACCCGACCAACUUCUUCCGGACAGUCUCGAGGGAGCUGAAGCUGCUGAAGAGCUCGUUACCGCCGGGCGUGUGGGUGAAGGGAUUCGAGGACCGUAUUGACCUGUACUCCGUCAUGUUCCGUGGCCCCGAGAAGACGCCCUACGAGGACGGGCUGUUUCUCUUUGACUUUCAGCUGUCGGCCGACUACCCGGCCGCGCCGCCUCUUUGCCACUACAUCUCCUAUUGCAGCGACCGUUUGAACCCGAACCUCUACGAGGACGGGAAGGUGUGCGUGAGCCUAUUGGGCACCUGGUCCGGACGCGGCACGGAGGUGUGGACGAGCUCGUCCACCCUGCUGCAGGUGAUCGUUUCGAUCCAGGGCCUGAUCCUCGUGAGCGAGCCGUACUUCAACGAGGCCGGCUUCGAGAAGCAGAAGGGCUCGCAGCAAGGACGGGAGAACUCGAGGAUGUACAACGAGAUGGUCGUGUUGAAGCUGGUGCAGGCGCAGACCAAACUGCUGCUGCACCCGCCGCCGGUCUUCAAGGACAUCAUCAUCGCGCACUUCCAGAAACAUUCGGAGAAGCUGCUGCUGAGACUGGAACAGUGGAUGGAGAUAUCCGAGCAGCACAACAAGCAGCAUCCGUUGUCUCCGGUCACUCCCACCACGUUCAAAGAGAUCGCCGAGAUUGACGAGAAGAUGUUGCCCGAGUUCCCGCUCAUCCCGGCGUCCCGGGGCUUCUGUAUAACCCUCCGCAAGACUUUAGCUACGUUCAAAGAGGUGCUCGUUAAAGAGAAUAUAAUACAAAGGCCGAGUGAGUGGCAGGACAGUGAUAUCGUUGAGGAAUUAACGAACAAUACCGCCAUACAGUGCCAAGAAACGUCCAAGGCCGCCGACAGAGCGGCGACCUGUGACAGGAACAGCAGCAAUACGCAGGAAAGUAAUAACAAGCCGACCCCGAGCGGCAGUAGUCGAUCCGUUAGUAAGGAGGCGACGGCGUCAUCCUCGUCAACGAAUAGCUCCGCGGCCGCGCUGAGCGAAACGAAAACAAGUACUUCGAGCCAAAACACCAGCUAGCCACAAGGUAAAAGUAAGCUUAAGUCGAAACGCUUAGCCCGUAUAAAUUAUACGACUAUUCGGUAAUAUAUAUUCCAAUAAAUUCUCAUCUCGGGCGGAAUUUUCCAAUCAUACAUACACACACACUUACAUAUACAGACAUAUAUACACGCGUAUACAUGCUGAUGACAAGCGCUGACACAUACCCGCGGCAUAUAUAUCUAUCGAUAAUAACGUCAUUUAACAAAUCGCAACGCGCGAUAAAACUCCCCAGGAACAGAAAUGCUGGCGGUCGUUGCUCUCCACAGCUAGAGACUACACACUUGUUGUUCUAAGAGUAACCACAUAGCGGACACACGCGUUAAGCGCGAUCAUAGUGGCACGUAACGAACGACUUUGCAAAUCUUACAACUCGCACACGACUUUUCGUACACCGUCGAGAACCGACGAGCCGUAAAGAUCCGACUGUGAAGCACGUCGAAUUGACGUUAGGCGCCAAAGAGCACGAGGGGAGGAGGAAGAAAGGGGGAGGAAAUCUCUGUAAUACCCUCUGGCAUUUAGCUGCGCGCUUCUAAAUGAAGGUAUUACGUUGCCUCUGUGACAAAUAAGAAGCUAGUUCGAAUUUCGAUUUAGCGAGUGAAAAGAAAACAAGAGAGAGAGAGAGAGAGAGAGAGAGAAGCUGUAUAUGAAACUUAGCGUGGAAGUAUAAAAGUGAGAUUCGCCAUUCUGUAAAAAAAAAGAGAGAGAGAGGAAGAAUGAAAGAGAGGGAGAGAGCAAAGAAAAGAAGAAACCCGCGGCGGAAGAGAUAGAGACCAGUAGCAAUACGUCGAAUUAACGAGGUUAGAACGAGAAGAUACUCUUUGCAAUAGGAUUUUAAAGAGAUAUACAUCGUUUAAACAAUAAAUAGUCGAUAAUUCUGAGCGCGUUUUCACGACCGCACCUUGAGUAAUGACGCCGUCGAGGCGAAACGAAUGGAUCGAUGAUCGAUUAUUCCCGUCGAGUGUGUGUAUCUCGAAGUUAUUAAUGCCAUCCAUAAGAAGUACUACGAUAUUCUCAUGCGAAACUUAUCGAGGUGACUUUAAUCGCAAAAGGUAGGGCAGAUAGCUUUUAGGAACAAACAAAUAACAAGAAAUCCGUAUCUAGAUGAGAACUCUCUACCGACGAUGGCUAUUUGUUCGGUGUUAUGGAUUUUCUUAGCGAUAGCUUGUAAAAGAGAUGGUAGAGGCGACUUAGCGAAGCGCAUUUCAAGUCCACGAUCAAUCUCUUCCCCCAGUCGAGAAGUCUCUCCGUGCAUUUCCACGACAUUCUCCUUCCAUUCCUGUGCGCGUUCAUUUUCGAGGAAGAGUUUACGACUGAUUUCUCUACUUAGUGUCGUUCUAAUUAUUAUUAUUACUAUUAUUAAUAUUGUUAUUAUUAUUAUUUAGAAAAUUAAUAUUUAUGGUGCACCGUAUAUAAGUGGAGUACAGUAUUAUAUUUAUUUAUUUCAUUCAUGCGUACACUUAUGCGUACAUGUAUGCGUCAUACAUGUUACACGUCGAAAGAGUUAACGGGAUUAAAAAGUAAGGUCCGCUCAAAAGUCAUCCGGAGGGGAAGACUUUACGAGGCAAGCUUGAUGAUUCGGUCGGGAAUUGACGGUGAAGUGAUACACAAGCGAUAUGCGAGUCGAGGACGCGAAAUAAGAGGUUGAAGAAAAAGAACGCGCGAAGCGGUAUCAUCGAGCGAUUCGUCAGCAGGUGUCAUCUAUCCCGUUUCGCAUCGAUUGUGUUCGAUCGUGUCUGCGAGGAACCAUGCGUCAAAUAAUAGUCGAGAGUCAUGUAAAAAAUGAAGAGGGGACAAAAGAGAACGACGAAAUACCUAUUCUAGUCCAUGGUCUGCUCUUUUUAGCUGAACUAGCUGCAUUAAUUCAAGGAAUUUACACACACCGAAGCGUGAGAAUCUCGUGUGUACGAAUGUGUAUGUAAAUUUCUUGAACUAGUUAGGCCGGUAAAACUAAAAAAGAACAGACCAAUUGAGAUGUAUGAAGCGUAGGUACGCGAGAUUCCCACGCUUCGGUGUGCGUAAAUUUCUUGAACUGGUGCAGCCGAUUCAGCUGAAAAGGACAGACCACAAUACGAAGUCCUGUGUAUGGCGGAUAUUUGUUUGAUUUUUAUUUGUCUUCUUCUUUGUUCCUUUCCUCUUUUAAUAUUCGUUCGAGACUGUUCCUCCUGCCUCUCACGUUCCCUUCCCCCACCGUUCCGCCCCUGUUCCUUCUCUUUCGCUCUCUCGCUCGUUGUCAUGAUCGAUUUUGGGAUUGUUUCACUUACCACAGGCGAAAUCGUCGUCGUUUCCUCGCGUCUGCGAAUUUUCAGUUCGUCCGAACGUCUAUCAAGCCCGACCUCUGGACACAUUCGCGUCUCUCCGUUAUUGUACAACUCGCGUCAGGAUGCGCACGGAUUCGGCCGAAAUUGCAACGAUUUCGUGAUACAAUGGUUUACUAUAGAUGUAACUCGGUCUCUCUUUGAGUUUUGAAUCAAUAAAAAGACAUUACAGGAUCACAACGGA